AGCAAAUAGAAUAUCGAUGUUUACGGGAUGGCAAGUGUCUAGUGAUACGACUGAAUAGAAACCGUUGCCAGUAUUGCCGAUUUAAGAAAUGUUUAGCCGUAGGAAUGUCUAGAGACUCUGUACGAUACGGCAGGGUGCCAAAACGAUCGAGGGAAAGGAGUGUGGAUGAACCGUCUCGGGUAACGACGUCAGACACGGACCAAUCAGACACUGAGACGAAACAAUUGGCCGUCUACGAGGUCAUACUGAGCGUUUCUCAAGCCCAUCACGCCAAUUGCGGGUACACGGAAGAGCAGACGCGCACCCUCGUCCGCCACCCGCUCGCCCCGCCCCCCUCUAGCCCCGCCCCCGACUCGGGGGCGGCCUCCUCCACGGCGGAGGCGGCGGAGCGGGAGCGCUGCUGGCUGUGGCAGCAGUUCGCCGCCCGCGUCACGCCCAGCGUGCAGCGCGUGGUGGAGUUCGGGAAGCGCGUGCCGGGAUUCUGCGACCUCGGACAGGACGAUCAGCUGAUCCUGAUCAAGGUGGGCUUCUUCGAGGUGUGGCUGGGCCACGUGGCCAGGUCGACGGGCAGCGGACAGAUGACGUUCGACGACGGGACGAGCGUUAGUCGGCAGCAGCUGGAGACCAUGUACGAUAACGAUUUCGCAGCAUCCCUGGUCCACUUUGCCAACACGUUCAACGCCCUCUGUCUGAACGACACGGAAGUUGGUCUGUUUUCGGCUGUGGUCCUGCUGACGGCUGAUAGGCCUGGCAUAACCGACGUCAAGGCUAUCGAACACCACCAGGACAAGCUCAUCGAAGCUCUCAAAGUUCAGGUGAGCCGGAACCAUCCCAACGAGCCCCAGAUUUUCUCGAAUAUCCUUAUAAAACUACCAGAAUUGCGGAAUUUGGGUGCAAAGCAUACGGCCCAUCUCGACUGGUUCCGAAUGAACUGGACUAAACUGAAUCUACCCCCCUUGUUCGCGGAAAUUUUCGACAUCCCCAAAUCCGAAGACGAUUUGCAGUGACGCCGAAAACGCGGGAAGAAGAAAAUGGCAGCUGACAGACCACUGACAGACGACCAGAACGAAACAUUCGUUCCGUGAUGACGGAACGAACCGCCAUGAAUGUGAUGUUCUGUGCGCUAGAUGCCUCUCUUGCUCAAAUGUGCUAAAAGGCUGAAUAUGUGUGGAAGUGGAAGAAAUUUUUCGAAGUCGUUUUCGAAAAUAUGCAUCUCUUCGUGAUUGACAGGGUCAUCAAGCUUUUUUAUUUAGGUGAAUUUUAAUGGAAUUUAGUUGUUUAUACGUGUAUACAUAUCAUUCUCAUUUUAUGGUAAUUUUAAGAAAAUGAUCUGAGGCCUCAGUAUCAUAUUAUUUGUAUAAAUACGCUGCGAUUUUAUAUUUUACAAUUUCGGUGUGGAAGUUCUGUUUUAUGUGAGUUUAUAUAAUUAUAUUCAUGUUCAAAAC